CUCGCCGCUACAACAACAACAACAACAACACGACCGCCAUCUUUCCUCUGACAGCCCAACCAACAGCAGCAGAGAAGAGGGCCAGGCUCCUCAAACAGCAGCGGACUGCGAGCAGCUCCGUCUCUCAGCUGGGCGCAGACCCCUCCUCGCACCGCAGAGUCCUAUGGUCCAAUGUGUUUGAUCCGUGCACGAGCUAAAACGCACUUUUCUUGUGUCGGCCCCGGCUGAGCGAUCGACUCCUGCGACAAACAUCCGACGAGUGCGGCAGGCAGACAGGCAGGAUGAAGCGAGUUCUCCAGGGGGAUGAGCAGGAGGACAGAGGCGGCACCAGCGGUGGGUCUCAAGAGUCUCUUCAACGACCCUGCAAGCAGACGAGGGAGGAGGCUUCGGAGGAGGAGGAGGCUUCGGAAGAGGAGACUCCCCGAUGCGAGUGUCUGCCUCAGGAGAUCUUGCUUCACAUCUUCAAGUACCUGCCCCUCCUGGACAGAGCCUACGCGUCUCAGGUGUGUCGAGGCUGGAACCAGGCUUUUCACAUGCCAGAGCUGUGGCGGUGCUUUGAGUUUGAGUUAAACCAGCCAGCCAGCUCGUACCUCAAGGCCACACACCCAGAUCUCAUCAAACAGAUAAUCAAAAGGCACUCCAAGCACCUGCAGUAUGUCAGCUUCAAGGUGGACAGCAGCAGAGAGUCGGCGGAGGCAGCGUGCAACAUCCUCUCUCAGCUCGUGAACUGUUCUUUAAAAACACUGGGGCUCAUCUCCACAGCCAGGCCCAGUUUCAUGGAGCUGCCCAAAUCUCACUUCAUCUCAGCGCUAACGGUGGUUUUUGUCAACUCCAAGUCCCUGUCGUCCCUGAAGAUUGACGACACACCCGUGGAUGACCCCUCCCUCAAAGUGCUGGUGGCCAACAACAGUGACACACUCAGAUUGCUGAAAAUGAGCAGUUGCCCUCACGUUUCCCCUGCAGGCAUCCUUUGUGUGGCUGAUCAAUGCCACGGCUUGAGAGAACUGGCUCUCAACUACCAUUUGUUGAGUGACGAACUCCUCAUCGCCCUGUCAUCGGAGAGGCACGUUCACCUCGAGCACCUUCGCAUCGACGUGGUUAGUGAGAAUCCUGGCCAGCAGUUCCACACCAUCAAGAAGAGCAGCUGGGACGCCAUGGUGCGUCACUCUCCUAAAUUCAAUCUGGUCAUGUACUUCUUUCUCUAUGAGAACGAGUUCGGCCCUUUCUUCUGCGAAGAAAUCCCCGUCACACAUCUGUACUUCGGUCGCUCUGUCAGCAAAGACGUGCUGGGCAGAGUCGGGCUGAACUGCCCGCGUCUGGUCGAGCUGGUGGUGUGCGCCAACGGGCUGCGGCCGCUGGAUGAGGAGCUCAUCCGCAUCGCCCAGCGCUGCACGCAGCUGUCAGCCAUCGGCUUGGGAGAGUGUGAAGUGUCCUGCAGCGCCUUUGUGGAGUUUGUCAAGAUGUGCGGAGACAGACUGACGCAGCUAUCCAUCAUGGAGGACGUUCUGGUCCCAGAUCACCGCUAUGCGUUGGAUGAUAUCCACUGGGAGGUGUCAAAGCAUCUGGGUCGUGUCUGGUCCCCAGACGUGAUGCCGACCUGGUAGAGCUCUGGAAGAAGUUUAGGUUUGAAUGAGGUUAUGAGUGAGUGUAUGUGUGUGCGUUUGUGAUGCGUGUCCUCGUCUUUCUACAACUUCAGACACCAUUCAUACUGCUUCUCCUGUACAACUUCAUUAAGAAAUAUCACAUAUCUAUCUUAGGUUUGAUGAGAUCAAACAUAUGUUAAUUUUUUUCUACAGCACCAUUUUGUUCCAUUUAUAAAAUGUUUAUAUUUAUAUGUAUAUUUAUGUCUACAUUUAUUUGUCUUGUCACUCAAGUAGCAUCUAGUUUUCUGAGCCAUUUUUCAAGGGCUCUGAAACCCUGCAGAUUGGUAAUGUUUGGAGUCUCAGGUGUAUUUAGGGGCGGCACUAUACAUGGAAAUUAUCAAGAAUGUCAUUAAGUUUUUAAGUUAUUAUUCUAUACUGACAAAUGACGUGCAGGCAUAAAUCCCUUUCAAUGAAAUCUGAAACUUUACAUUAAUUAUUUUAAUUUCGGUUCACUAACUUAUACAUAAUCAAAAAAAUGUAAUGUGCACAGAAUUGCAAAUGUUUUUCAUCUUUAUCGCAUUUUGGAGGUUUUGAAAACAGUCUGGUUCCUGGAGGAUGUGCAUUACGUUAGAUGUGGAAGAUCACCGUUAUAAGCUAAUAUUUUUAUUGAGAUUUAGUUAAAAUAACUUUGAUAGAAGGUUUUUAGAUUUGUCUUGUUUUAUUUCUGACAUUUUAAAACCCAAGUACUGACACAUUGUGACUGUAAACGAAUGAGAAACAUUUCAUCACAAAGGCACAGUUAUGUGUGAAGCUUGUUAUCGAGGUGGUUGAUCACUGUCAGGAAGAAAUGGCACAUAUAGGUUCCAUGUUAAAUCCAUAGGUUUUUUGUUUCCAUCACAGCUGAUUGUCCUGUCUUUGACUGUGCUUCUUAGUCACUGCAUCUUAUUAAGAGCAACAGAACUGUCUCUUUCUCCGUCCUCUGAUUUAAUGUCAACCGGACUUUAGACAAUUCCAUCCCCUUUUUUGUAAGGACACUGUUAAGGUUAUGCUCUUAGGUGACUUUGUUUGUAUGUGUGUCUGUGUGCGAGUGUGUAUAUACACGUUUAUAUAUAUAUAUGUAACGUGUGUGUUUAUGAGAGUGGUUUUAUUUUUGUAGCUACAGUAUAUUUCCAUAUUUCUGAAUUACCUGACAUGCUCCUAUUUUAAUUCUAAAUAUCAGUGUCAAAGUGAGAAUCAAUUGGGAGGGAGAAUUUUUAAUGGCCUACUUUAUAUAAAUAUAUAUAUAUUUGUACAUUGACCAAAUCUUACUAAAGCACUUUUAUUCUAAUGAACAGCACAAGAUGAGCUACAAUGUCAUUAGGGUGUUAAAUUCUGUAAGUAAAUCUGCCAACCUUUGGUAUUUAAUUAACUUUGGUCAGUCAAAACUAAAUUAUGAGAUGAUGCACUAAAAUGGAAAACUAAUGUGAAAGGGAUAAACCAAGCCUGCUUGACAGCACAAUCAUUCACUUUGCUAACAGGCUGUAGACCAACUAAGAAAUAUAUAUUCUGCAAAGCUUGUGUAAUUUUACAGGAUGUGAUUCAUCAUUAUUGUGUUUGUAAACAAAACUAAGACAGUUGAAAAAAAAUACUAAAACUCUUUCACUGUAUGUGAAUUAAGUUUAAAUGUAUUAUCAUACAAUGAUUGGUGAUUUAUAUGCCAGCACAGGGCUGCACAAUUAUGACCAAUUAUGACCAGGGUUGGAGCAGAUGACUUUAAAAUGGAGCCAGAAUUCAAAAUUCAUGACAUGUUUUUGGCAAGUGGUAACAUAAUUCAUUGAAUUUCCAUCUAAUCUGAGCAGUUUGAGAUUAUUUUUACUUGCUCUUUCUAAUAUGGUAUUUUAAACUCGAUUACAUGUACAUCUACCAACUGUGUAUAUGAUUAAUACUAAUGCAAUUAUUUUUUAGCAGGUCUCUCAAACAGUUUGCUGGCCUAAAAUAAGGACAGAUUUAACAGAAAUCAAUGGUGGUACCUCAAGUUUUGUCCUCAUUCCUAAAAACAAAGUGUCAUCAGGAAAUCCCAUUUCUUAUUUGGAUGUGGCAGCAAUUUUAAUGCAGAUGGUAAAAUGUAGAUAUAGUGGCUUAAAUUGGGUAAUUGUGCAGCCCUGAGGACAGGAUGGUGUGGGAGCUGAAUGUUGUUGUAAAUUAAUGUUUUGCAGAAAUGUGUAAGAGUCUAAUAUUUAUAUCUCACUAUUGUUUUGAGGCAAUAGGCUGAAAGAAAAGUCACUGGAACGUGUCUUAAGGUGGACUUAUCAAGAAUGUUGCUUGUGGAGAAGUUCAUAUUUUUCACAGGGUUGAUAUGUUUAGUGUUUCAAAAUGUUUAUCAAAAAAAAAAAGCCAAUCACACAAUUUCUUCAGUUAACCUUUAAUCUAACCACGAUCAUGUCUUCAUUUUAUGUUUUCUGUUCCUGAAGGUCAGCAAGGCCUGGCAAUGAACACAGACCUUUAUUGACUAACCGGAUGUUUUAUUGUGUAUUCAUAAAAAACCUGCCGUCUGCUGUUUAAUAUUAACUGCAUUUGCGUUCAGUGCUUAUAGAUGAUUAUUGUAAUAUUCAACUAUAGGCUGAGUAAGGGCUGCAGUUUUUCUUAAGUGUACAGUGGCAGUGGGUUGUUUUUAUUGUAGCUUACCAGGGCUGAAUUGUACUGAGAUUUAUUGGAAGGUAACCUCUUGUACUUUCCCAAAGAUAUAUAAUAGUUAAGUUAAGCUCAUAGCCACAUUAAAAAUUAUUGUUUGAA